CACCAUACUAUCCCUUACGAAUGUGUGGUUGGUGUGGUGCCAUCGGUCAUAGUAGCAAAAAUUGUAAUAUUCGUAAAUCUGGAAGACUUAGGGUAGAUAACAAUCAUAAAAGAGCAUUAAUACAGGGCCUUAACAAAUUUAAAAAUAUAAUUGUAUUACCAAAUGUUUGGUUUGAUAUUGAAUACAGACCUUAUUACCAACCAUAUAGACCCAGACAAAUUCCAUACAGACCAAGAAGAAGACGUAUACCAAAUUACAUAGCCGCUUGCGGAUGUUGUGGUAAUGAAAAUCAUGCUAGAAAUGAUCCAAAUGCCCCAUGUCGAAAUCAAAACUGUAUUAAUCCUAGAUUGGUAAGAUCACUUAGAGAACAAAGAUUAUAUUAUAUUGAAAAUGGAAUUCAAAUGCCAAAUAACAUAGAAGAUAUCAGAGCUGGAAGACAACAGUUUAGAGAUACUAUAAGAAAUCUGUUUAACACACAAAACAACGCAUUAAAUCAAUUAAAUAAUAAUAUACGAAAUUUAAAUACUAAUCAAAAUGAUCAAUUAAACUUAUUAAAUCAGAUAAGAAAUCUAAUUAAUCAACAAAAUAAUAAUUUUAAUAAUCUAAACACUCGUCAAAAUGCUCAAAACAUCGAUAUUGUUAGAAGAAUUGAAAAUUUAAGACAAAGAUAUGUGGACGGGUAUCAAGAACUAACUACCGAUAUCAGAAAUACUAGAAAUGAUUACGAAAAUAUAAUACAAACAGUUCAAAACCAAAAUCAACAACAAAUUAUAAGAAACAAUGAAGAUUUGAGACAAAUUUAUCAAAAUAUAGAUCAACAUUAUAAUGAUAUAAUCAGAAGAUUCGGUGAGAUGAAUCAAGGAACAGGUUUAAUGAGACAAGAAGAUUUACAAUUUAGAACUAAUUUGUACAAUACAAUCAACCGUCAAUUUGAUGAAAGACAACAAGGAUUUAUUAAUUCUAUCAUCAACACAAUUACAAAUAACAGAAGAAAUUUUAGAAUUAAUCGAAGGAGAGAAAUACAAUUUAGACCUAGAUAUCGUAUCAGAAUUAACAGUCCGCGAAUCAGAGAAAUAACAAACACACCCGGCUCACAAAUACAAGAAUUGCCAAAUAAUCAACUAAUAUUCACAGAAUUUCCAGAAUUAACAGAUAUUCAACCUAAUGAAGAACCUUAUGGAAUACCUGGUUCCUCAACUGAACAAAAUCAGCAAGAUAUGCAAGGACUUAUUAAACAUAUGUCAUCCACUGGUCAGGAAAUAGGAGAAGCUAGAGUAGAACCACAAAGUUCAAGUGAUUCUGAUGAUUCGGGUGAAACAAUCAGAUAUCAAAAAGGAUUAUCACGCUCAUCUUCAAAAUAUUCAAUAAUUGAAAAUAUUGAAUAUGAACAUAAUCCUAACCCACAAAGAGAAUUGAAUAAUCAACAAGAACAACAAAUACAAGUUAGAGUUUUAACACCGAACAGGGAACAUCAAGAAAUACAAGAAAUAGAUUUAUUAAUUUAUUUGCUGGAAUAG